AUGGAUGAGGAUGGUAAAGAGGUUAAAUUAUUUAUUAGUUCAAGUAAGUUAAUCAUUUAUUCAAAAUAGCAUAAAUCGUAGACAUGUUUGUGAAAAAUCUUAAAAAAUUUUUUAAGAGAUAAUAUAUUUCUGAAAGUCAGUAUAACACAUUUUCUAAAAGUUAGCAUGUCAUCAGUUAAUUUUUAAUUAUUGGAUUUGGCUUGAAUCAAGUUCAACCUUGUUAUUUUGCCACAAAAAUGAAAUAUAAUGGUAAGUUUUGA